AUGAGCGCCGGUUCCAGAGCUUCCGGGUCCGAUGACGAGCCUUUGGUGCCCGAAGAUUUCGAUGAUGAAUUCUAUACGAAUUUAAUGGACAAAGUGCCAGAGAUCACAAAAGCGCUCCGUCAAAAGGACACCCACGAUAAUGCUGACAAUGUGCAGCGAAUGGUGAUUUGCUCAAAUCGCUACAAAUCGGAUUGGCAUAUGGAGCAGUUGCGCUGUCAGGAGCUUAGCGAUGAGAUACAGCAAUUGAAGGAACGUCUCAAUCAAGUAAACAAAAUGAGUAAAAUGGAUCAGGCGACAAUAGCAGAGCUACGGACUGUGAUCGAAAGCGCCUGGAUGCAAAAGGACGCAGCUCAGACGCGAGAGCAGACAGCGCAAGAUGAAAUGCUGAAGAUGAGAGAGAAAAUGGACACGCUCGAGCAGAUGGUGGAGCAUUUAAGCGAUAAGCGAUCUGGCUUACAAAGCAAGCGCGACGAGCAAAAGGAACGUGAGAAACUUAAUAAUGAGAUUCGCGACCUCAACAAACGUCUACAAAUACAACGGCUAUAUACCGGCGAGGUGGAGACCAUGACACAAACACUUGAGGAAAAGAACAAGGCUUUGGUUAAACUACUCGAGGAAACAUCCAACGAAGCAUACAAUAACCGUAAACGCCUGGAUACUGUAGAGAAGGAGCUCGCUCAAACACGUAGCGAAGAGACUAAAGCGAAAGAGAGAAUUCUGCAAAUCAAAGUGCACAAUGAACAGCUUACCAAAAUGAAAGUGCGACAAAAUCUACAAAUACUCUCGCUGAAGACCAAUCUGGAACAUCUGCAUACGCAACACAACACCACCACCAACAAACUGGCAAAAGCUGUUGUGGAGUUGGAGUAUGCGACACAAGAACGAGAUGAGAAUAAACGAGCGCUGACACAACGCAUUAGUUUGUUAAAGAUGCGUGAGGAUGAAAUAAUCAAGCUGAAGCGUGAGAAUGCAAAGCUACUCAAGUCCGAGGAGAACACAACUCGGAAAUAUGCAGCGUUAAAUGAUGCGCGCAUCAAAUCAGAAGAAGAGAACGUGCGUCUGAAAACCCAGUUAAGUACACAGGAUAAGGAGUUAGAGUCUAUGCGACGCAUCGUGCAUCAAUUUGAAAAGAAUAAUGAGCAUCUUACCAAAGAGCGAGACACGCUGAAAACUGAGCUUUUCGCCGAACAUCAAACCGCCGAACAAACGGAUGAACAAUUUCAGGAAUCACAACAUGAGAUUAAGUCUCUGAAGGAAACUAUACAGACCUUGGAAGUGCGCCAGAAAAAGACACAAGAUGACUAUGUAAAGUUGAAGAAGGAGAAGACGAAAAAGGUGGACGAGAUACAACAUUUGGUAGACAAAAUUGAUGUGCUGCAAAAUGAGAUCCAGCUCAAAGACAACUAUGAGAUCGAAUUGAAGCGCACCAUAAGCGAUCUGGAACAGAAAUUUGUACAACUCCAACGUCAAUAUGACGCGCUACUGAAUGAGAAAAAUAGUUUCAUACGUAAUCUACAAGCCUCCGAGGAUAAGUACACAAAACUGGAGCAGCAAAUCGUUAAACUGCAGGACAGCAUUGAGUCUUACAAAAAUAAAGUCACUUUGCGUGACAGUGAAAUCGGAAGACUGCAGCUACAAAUUGAUAAGCUUGAGAAAGAACGACGUUUGCUCAAGACUGAGAUACGCUACUCGCAGCUGGCGCAUCAGCACACACGCGUUGAGCUGCAGGAACGCAAGAAAGAAUGCGAUAAGUACUCGAAAUCGUUGCAGGAUGAUAGUCAAAAGCUCUCACAACUCAAGCGCGAGCUCGAUCAUUUACGGGAUGAAAAGAAUACCGUCUCUUCGUCACUUACGAAAUGCCAUGAAGAGUGCGCUCAGCUGAAAGAUCAACUGCAGACUCUACAAACAGCUUUCAAUCAAACGGAGAAACAAUACGCACAUUCUCAAGAGGAUAUGCGACUCAUGCGUGUGGAAAUUAAGAAUCUGCGCACGGAGCGCAAUGUGUUGCGUAAAGAUCGUGAGAAUGCGGCUGAUUUACGGCAAGAGCUCUUACAAAUGCAUAGACUACUGAAUCAGGAGCGUAUUAAGGCCCGGGCCAUGCAGGAAGAGAUGAUGACACCAAUGAAUGUGCACCGUUGGCGCAGUCUUAAAGGACGGGAUCCAGAGAAAAUGGAUCUCAUUCUAAAGAUACAAGCUUUGCGAAAGCAAAUUCUUCAACAUAAUGUCUCUGCACUGCAACAAGAACAAGCGCUCGAGGAAUCACAGCGUCUCUAUGAGGCCUUGAAAGAGUUCAUGCUUAAACUGCCGAGUCAUAAAAUACGCGGCGAGUUGAAUAAUGUUAAGGCCACACUCUCAGGCAAGGAGCGGAAGCUAAAGGCCUUAAUGGCCGAGUUGCAUGUGAAGGAUAUAGACGAGAAGAGCAAUACACAAAAGUUGGUAGAACUUAAGACGCGUCUCACCGAUGCCAAAACCCAACUUAACCAGGAGCGUAGGCAGAAGCAGAAAUUGCUCGAGGAGCAUCAACUUCUCGUACAAAUGCAAGCUCAAUGCUUCUCGGCGCCACCAAAUAUGCAACGCACGCUAGGGGCAGGCUUUAAAUUAGACAGUGGGUUUCAUGAAUGUGAUCAGGGUACGGAUCUAGAGGAGACCAUUCCAUAUUAUGAUAGUGGUAAGGAAGGGAGCCAGAUCACUAAAGAGGAAGUUAGCACUGAUAGUUCUUACGACGACUCGCCCCUUUUGCAGUAA